AUGGCUCCAAUCGAGCUCAGAAAAUGGAGCGCCGGAGACAAAGCGAGGAAAGCGAUCCAACAAAAGGAGCCGCUCGAGGAAGGAACCGAGGAAUACCAGGCGCUUCUUCAAGAAGCCAGGGACCAUCACUCAGAGUGCCCGGUUUUCAAAGAUCCUGAGCUCGGCCAGCUCACCGUGCUGAACCUCUACAACCCCGAUAAGAGGUUCAAGGCGAUACCACAGGAGGUUGGAUCCAAGACAAAGAUGGCCAAGCACCUCUUCCACAACUACCUCUGA